CCACGAAGGGGAGAGUCCGGAAGAGGAAGCCCUCCCCAACAGGACAGUUCCAACGCUGGCCAGCGAAAAGAGGACGCGCCUCUGGUCUUCGGGCACGCCUUUCCCGGAACCCGCAGGGCCAUGUUCCACCUCCGAAGGCACUGGGGGACUCUGGUCGCCUCCUUGUCGAGGCGCCCGCCCCGGGUAGAGGUAUGUGCAUCUUUUGCUACAGGUCCCAGACAAUAUGAUGGGACGUUCUAUGAAUUUCGUACUUAUAUCAUACAACCAGCCAAGAUGAAUGAAUUCCUGGAAAACACUAAUAAACAUAUUCACCUUCGUACAGCUCACUCUGAAUUAGUUGGAUAUUGGAGACAAGAGUUUGGAGGUGUGAUGAAUAAAGUCUUUCAUAUUUGGAAAUAUGAUAAUUUUGCUCAUCGAGCUCAAGUUCGGGAAGCUUUAGCCAAGGAUAAAGAAUGGCAAGAAAAAUAUAUUUCCCUAAACCUACCAUUUAUGGUCCAACAGAAGAAUGAAAUAACUUAUCUAGUACCAUGGUGCAAAAUAGUAAAGCCUCCUAAAGAAGGAGUCUAUGAACUUGUUACCUUUCAGAUGAAGCCUGGUGGGCCAGCUCUGUGGGGUGAACACUUUCAAAAAGCAGUUAAUACUCAUAUCCAAGUAGGCUAUUCAAAACUGAUUGGAGUUUUCCACACAGAAUAUGGAACACUUAAUAGAGUUCAUGUUCUUUGGUGGACUGAGACAGCAGACAGUCGCGCAGCUGGAAGGCAUAGAUCCCAUGAAGAUGCCCGGGUGGUGGCAGCUGUUCGAGAGAGUUGCAACCACCUGAAAUCUCAUGAAAACAUGCUUCUCAUUCCAGCACCAUUUUCACCACUAAAGUAAUUUUCUGCAGAAAUAUGAAGAUAUUUAGUGGCUGUAUUAUACCAACAGUUUCUAAUAAAGUUCCUUAAAUUCACCUAA